AGUGAUUGACGAAACGUAACAUGUUUGCUUCCAGAACACGCUGAACUUCCUCGCUACAUUUAAAGCGACAGCGCGUGUUGAAGCGGUGAGAUGAAAAGCCGAGGAAGUUGCUUUGAAGUAAAAGUGGCACCGCUGUCAGUGAAAGCACCUGAUGCAUAUUACAGUCGCUUCACUCGUGCACAGAUAUAGAGUUGAUUGAGAUUGUUUGGGACUUGUGUUCACACCGCUACACGCACGUGUCCAUGUUUAAAAUAUUGCACGAUUAUUAUUUCAUCAUCAUCAUCAUCAUCAUUGCCCACUUUUCUUUCUGUCAGCCCAAAUCCAGCACGAGACCGCGUCUCAGGACUCAUCUUAUCUUGUUUACAAAGAUAACUGAACAAACUGCUGAGUGGAAAGCGAGAGAGACUCAUGAAUUGGCUUGGCGGGUUACGGAGACGUUAUGGAUCUGACUAAAAUGGGUAUGAUACAGCUCCAGAACCCCAACCACCCCACUGCGCUGCUGCACAAGGCCAAUCAGAUGCGCCUGGCCGGCACGCUGUGUGAUGUGGUCAUCAUGGUGGACAGCCAGGAGUUCCACGCCCACCGGACUGUGCUGGCGUGCACCAGCAAGAUGUUUGAGAUCCUUUUCCACCGCAACAGCCAGCAUUAUACCCUUGACUUUCUCUCGCCAAAGACCUUCCAACAGAUCCUUGAGUAUGCUUACACUGCCACGCUCCAAGCAAAAGUGGAAGACUUGGAUGACCUGCUGUAUGCAGCAGAGAUACUUGAGAUAGAGUAUCUUGAGGAGCAAUGCCUGAAGAUCCUGGAGACCAUCCAGUCUUCGGACGAAAACGAUGCAGAGGUCAGCAUGAAUGAUGGUGGUACAGAGGAGGAAGACGAGCACAAAGGGAGGCAUGGCAGGAGCACUGCCGGCUCCAAGAAGCAUUCCACGGAGGACAGCGGUUAUGUAUCCACUGCCCAGCAAGCAUUGGCACUGUCCAGCAUCGUAGAUCAGAGCCCAUCGGUCUCCACUUCCUUUGGUCUCUCCACAAUGAGCCCAACCAAAGCUGCAGUGGACAGCCUGAUGAGCAUCGGCCAGUCACUGUUGCAGAGCAGCAUGCAGCACGGCCUGGGUACCGAGCAGACCCUACAGAGCAACCCUCACUCUAUAAUGCCAGAGAUCAAGACAGAGAUGAUGCAGGUGGAUGAUGCCAAUGGACGAGAGAGCCCUAGACUCAUGGAGUCCAGCACCUCAAGCAACGGAGACCGUAACAGCGAUGGCGAUAAGAGCCGUGAUGGGCCUGGCACCCCCACCAGAAGCAGCGUAAUCACCAGUGCCCGUGGGUUACAGUAUGUCCGUGAGGACGGGGGAGGUGAUCACCCAACCGAGGCCAGCCAGAUGGGGCUGGAAGGUAUGCCAGGUAUGACCGAGAAACACCUGGCCUCUCUCUAUGGCCUGCCACCCAACCAUAAGAGCGAGGCCUUGCUCUCCAUGCCUGCCUCCAUGGCCUCAACCCUGCACAUGUCUCCAGCUCUGGCCAUGUCCAUGGACUUUAGUGCCUAUGGCAGCCUCCUGCCACAGAGCUUCAUCCAGAGGGAGUUCUUCAGCAAGUUGGGUGAACUAGCAGUUGGCAUGAAGCCUGAAGUGCGCAGCGGGCAAAACGAGCGCUGCAAUGUGUGCGGUGCUGAACUGCCAGACAACGAGGCUAUAGAGCAGCACAGGAAGCUGCACAGCGGAAUGAAGACCUACGGCUGUGAGCUGUGCGGCAAGCGCUUCCUAGACAGCCUACGCCUGAGGAUGCACUUGCUGUCUCACUCAGCUGGAGAGAAGGCCAUCGUGUGUGACCAGUGUGGAGCUCAGUUCCAGAAGGAAGAAGAUCUGGAAGCACACAGACAGAUUCACACAGGAUCAGACAUGGCCAUCUUCUGUUUGCUGUGUGGGAAACGCUUCCAGACACAGACGGCCCUGCAGCAGCACAUGGAGGUCCACGCCGGGGUCCGCAGCUACAUCUGCAGCGAGUGCAAUCGCACCUUCCCGAGCCACACGGCACUCAAACGCCACCUUCGCUCCCACACAGGUGACCAUCCAUACGAAUGCGAGUUCUGCGGGAGCUGCUUCCGAGACGAGAGCACACUGAAGGGCCACAAGCGCAUCCACACCGGAGAGAAGCCCUAUGAAUGUAAUGGCUGUGGCAAGAAGUUCAGCCUAAAACACCAGCUGGAGACCCACUACCGUGUGCACACGGGUGAGAAGCCUUUCGAGUGCAAGCUGUGUCACCAGCGCUCGAGGGACUACUCGGCCAUGAUCAAACACCUGCGCACCCACAACGGCGCCUCGCCCUACCAGUGCACCAUCUGCCUGGAGUACUGCCCCAGCUUGUCCACCAUGCAGAAGCACAUGAAGGGCCACAAGCCAGAGGACAUCCCGCCAGACUGGAGGAUCGAGAAGACCUAUCUGUACCUGUGCUACGUCUGAUUGAGGCAGAGCCCUGCAUAGGGUUGGGCUGGGUUGGGAUUUGGAUCAGGGGUGGGAGAGCAGAAGGAUGGAAUGCACAGAGGAAGCAAAAAGGGGGGAAUGUUUACAGUUUCGCCGGCAGGGCUGGGCAAGGCAAAGUUGACCGAGGGGACGUGGAAAAAAAAAAAAAGUACUUAAGUAUGGUGACGUUGUCAUGUUGUAGUAUUGCGUUCUGUCGUGUUGUGAUGGUGUCGUGACUCAAACAAGAAGUCUGCUCUAAUCACAAAGGAUUCUCUCACUGUAUCAGGCAGGAAUCUUCGAAAUCACGCCCUCUUAUAAUGAGAAUAAUUACUCCUGGUUAUCCCCUGGUUAAUAGCUAUGAUUUGACGUCAUUAACUUCAGACAUACCAGGAGGUGUUGCAAGCACUUACAUCUGCCAGGGAGAUACUUUUCCAUCUGAAUUACAGUACAGCAGGUCGUCGUGUGUUGGUACAGUUUAUGGCUUUGUAAAGAGGAUUUUUCUUAUGUACCAUAAAUCCUUGGUGGGUCGAGCCUUCUUGCUUGAUUGACAUUCAUUAAGGGUUUAUUGGCUUAACCAGCAUACAAACCAGCUAUUGAUAAAUGCCAUUUCAGUUUUCUCUACAUAAUCUCUGUCUCUGCAUCAUAGCCUUUCACAGCUUCAUUGCACAUAUUACGAUGACAAUUUCUGUUUGAUUUUUUUUUCCCUCAUACAACAUAAUCGGAUGCCACAUUACACCAUUCUUCUGCUGUAUGUGUUCAUUUAAUAUUAACUGGACAUUUUUUGCUUCAUUUAAUACGCAUUUAGUUCCUUUUCAUCAAGUAAAUGACAGGAAAUCAGUUUAACACAAAAUAAUCAGCUUCGAAGCAGGAUUCAGCAGAACAUUACGUUACGUUAAGGAGCGCACUAGAAAUCUAAUCAACUGUGUAUAUUCUGAUAUAGAGACCAAAAUAAUGACUAAAGCUGCUUUUGCCAGUGGCUUGGACACUAAAGGGCACUGUGAUGUACAGGACUGGUCUCCACAUAUCUGAGAGAUGAGUGAAAGCAGAUUUCACAAACGGGAGGUAUGAGGCCUGCCUGGUCUGUCCAGCCCAGAGGGCUACCAUGAAAGAAUAGAUCAACUCUUUGUGUGGUUUUGUUCCUUUGCUAUGUCUGUAUUUCCUAUUUUACCUUGAUUUGUCAGCACAUUGUGCUUGAUUUACCUCGUAUUUUUUGUGACCUCAUGUGCUUGUGUUUUUAAUUUUUUCCUUUGUUUCUUCUGUGUGUGUGUGUGUGUGUGUGUGUGUGUGUGUGUGUGUGUGUGUGUGUGUGUAU